GUAAAUUAUAGUUUUAUAUAUCACUUUAAGAUAGCUAGUUAAACUAUAGUGGUUUACAGUUAUUCAAGUGCCGAAACCUACUGUAUCCUGUAGUCUACAUGAGUGUUGAUGUCGAGGAAGCUAACGAAACACAACAACUGAUGCAGAAUGAGGGCGAGGAAGACGAGGCGAAGAUCACGCAGUCCGCGACGUCACCUGUGACCAGCAACAAGAUGUCCAGUGGCGCCGCCAGCCUCACCUCGCGGACCCCGGGGCAGGCGUUCCCCAGCACGGGGAACAGUAUCAAUGAUUCAACAAAGGUAUCCAUUGUGAACGAGAGGCGACUCCAUCGGGACCUGAUGCGCUCCAAUUACAGCAACAGGCCCAAACACAUACCCAAAGAAGCGCCAGAUGUAAAACAUAUGGAAAAAGCACUUCUUGGUUUGCUAGAUGAUUUUCACUCGGGGAAACUGAGCGCGUUCAGUGCUGGCUGCAGCAUGGAGCAGAUGAUCAACAUCAGAGACCAGCAGGAGCACUUGGCGCGCCUACACUUCCGCCUCUGCGCCGACGUGGAGAAACCAACAGAGGACAAUUUUGACAAAUCUACCUCCAGAUUUAAGAUGACUCAAUUAGUCCAAAGUUUAGAACAGCUGUCAGCAUCCAUUGAGCACUUGCAUUCAGAUGGUAAUUUUAGUGCAACUAGCAGCAAUAAAUAGAUACAUUCUACUCCUACAUUGCAAACAAAGUAGAUUCACAUGUACUUUUUUGCUGA